AGCGGCAGGAAACGGAGUAGAGAAGAGACGUGGAGCUUGUUCUUAGGGUGGGGGGGGGUCUCGCUGGUUGAAGAUGAGCAGCCCGUGCCUGCUCCGGGCCGCCCCCAUCAGCCAGCCCCGACUCCGAGACGUCAGGAUCAGCUUGAAGUCCGGCAGUCGGGAGAACGCGUCCACCGCCGCUCGGGACUACGCAAAAGCGGAACAUGAGACCUCUCAGCGCUUUGGGGGGAGCGCCGCCCGGAGCAAGAGCACCCCGCCGGUGCACCGCGCCCUCAAACAUGACCCCAAGAGGCCGCCCAAGAAGCCGGAGCAUCACAUGGAAAAAAACGGCACUCUCCUCCUGCAAGUGCCGCUCUCUCUACCGGGAAUCUCGCCCAUCUCGUCACUGUCAUCAUCCGCCCACACUUCUGGGCGUCAGCGCCCCUCUCCGGGUCCCCGCACCGCAGUUUACCCUUCCCCGUCGUCCUCCUCGUCCGCGCGGAGCAUGAAACGUGCGCGUUGGCUGAGCACCAGCGCCUCCAACAUCUACUUCAACUCCAUCCUGGAUGGACGCUUCAGGCAGCUGCAAGACGAGCGAGAGGCGGUCCAGAAGAAGACCUUCACCAAAUGGGUCAACUCCAUCCUGUCCCGAGUCACCUGUCGCAUCUCCGACCUCUACCUGGACCUGCGUGACGGACGCAUGCUCAUCAAAUUGUUGGAGGUGCUGUCUGGUGAAAAACUGCCCAAGCCCACCAAGGGCCGGAUGCGGAUCCACUGCCUGGAGAACGUGGACAAGGCCCUGCAGUUCCUCAAGGAGCAGAGGGUCCACUUGGAGAAUAUGGGCUCUCACGACAUCGUGGACGGAAACCACCGCCUCAUCUUGGGCCUCAUCUGGACCAUCAUCCUCCGCUUCCAGAUCCAGGACAUCAUCGUGGAGACCGGUCAGGCCGACCAGAAGGAGACCCGCUCGGCCAAAGACGCUCUUCUUCUGUGGUGUCAGAUGAAAACCGCAGGCUAUCCCAACGUCAACAUCACAAACUUUACCACCAGCUGGAAAGACGGCAUGGCCUUCAACGCCCUCAUACACAAACACCGACCAGAUCUGGUGGACUACAACAAUCUGAAGCGGUCCAAUCCAACCCACAACCUCCACAAUGCCUUCAACGUGGCAGAGAAACAACUAGGCGUGGCCAAGCUUUUAGAUCCAGAAGACGUCUUCACCGAGAACCCAGACGAGAAGUCCAUCAUCACGUACGUGGUGGCGUUCUACCAUUACUUCUCCAAGAUGAAGCAACUCGCCGUGGAGGGCAAGAGAGUUGGAAAGGUCCUGGACCACGCCAUCGAGACGGAGAAGAUGAUCGACAAGUACGAGACGUUAGCGUCGGACCUGCUGGCUUGGAUCGAGCAGACCGUCGUCGUGCUGAACAACCGCAAACUGGCCAACUCGCUGUCGGGCGUUCAGCAGCAGCUCCAAGCCUUCAACACCUACAGAACCGUGGAGAAGCCACCUAAGUUCCAGGAGAAAGGGAAUCUGGAGGUGUUGCUCUUCACCAUCCAGAGUCGCAUGAGGGCCAACAACCAGAGGGUCUACACACCCAAAGAUGGAGUUCUAGUUGCUGAUAUCAACAGGGCGUGGGCGCGACUGGAACGAGCCGAGCAUGAGCGAGAACAAGUCCUGAGGGAUGAGUUGAUUCGUCAGGAGAAGCUGGAGCAGAUGGCGAGACGAUUCGACCGCAAGGCGGCCAUGAGGGAGACGUGGCUCCUGGAGAACCAGCGAUUAGUAGCUCAGGAUAACUUCGGCUACGACCUACCGGCGGUGGAAGCGGCGAAGAAGAAGCACGACGCCAUCGAAACCGACAUCGCCGCCUACGAGGAGCGCGUUCAGGCCCUGGUGGCCAUCUCCAAAGAGCUGGAGGCCGAGCGCUACCAUGACACCAAGCGUAUCGACGUGCGCAAAGACAACGUCCUGCGUCUGUGGGACUACCUUCAGGAGCUGCUGAACGCCCGUCGGGGGCGCCUGGACAAGAACCUGACUCUGCAGAGGCACUUCCAGGAGAUGCUCUACAUCAUCACGUGGAUGGAUGACAUGAAGGUUCGUCUGAUGUCGCCUGACUUCGGGAAGCACUUACUGGAAGUGGAGGACUUGAUCCAGAAGCAUGCUCUAGUGGAGAACGACAUCGCUCUCCAGGCAGAACGAGUCCAGAACGCCGGCGCUGCUGCCCUCAAGUUCGCUAACGGAGACAGUUACAAGCCGUGCGAUCCCCAGGUGAUUCGAGACAGGGUGGAUCAUCUGGAGCUCUGCUACCAGGAGCUCCGUUCCCUGGCAGCUAGGCGAAGAGCCCAGCUCGAGCAGUCCCGCCGCUUCUGGAACUUCCUGUGGGAGGUGGCGGAGCUGGAGAGCUGGAUCAAAGAAAAGGAGAAUAUUUUCUCCUCCCUGGACUACGGUAAGGACCUGACCAGCGUGCUGGUUCUCCAGAGCAAGCACAGCGCCUUCGAGGACGAGCUGGGAGCCCGUCGCGCCAACCUCCAGCAGGCACUAAACGAGGGCGGGAACAUGAUCCGGGACAAACACUUUGGAUCGCCCAAAAUCCAAGAACGCAUGACCAGCAUCGAGAGGCAGUGGCAGCAGCUGGAGGAGCUGGCGGCGUUCCGAAAGCAGAACCUUCAGGACACUCAGAAGUUCUUCCAGUUUCAAGGGGACGCCGACGAGCUCAAGGGCUUGCUUCAGGACGCCAAGAGACACAUGAGCAGCGAUGACGUGGGCCACGACGAGUACACCACCCAGCGGCUCCUCAGAUGCCACAAAGACCUGAGGAACCAAGCCAUGAAGAACGGAGCCACCAUCGACGCUCUGACUAAACAGGCCAACGCUUUACCGGAAGAGCUCCUCAACACUCCAGACAUCCAGAGACGCCUGAAGGACAUUAAGGACCUCUUCAUGGACCUCAUGUCUCUGGCCGACAUCAGGCAGAAAAAGCUAGACGACACCGUGGCGCUCUACACCAUCUUCAACGAGACCGACGCCUGCGAGCUCUGGAUGGGCCAGAAGGAGACGUGGCUGGUGGACUUGGAAGUGCCUGAAAAGCUGGAAGACCUGGAAGUUAUCCAGAAUAGGUUGAGCAUCCUGACUCAGGAAAUGGCCAACGUUCAAUCCAGGGUGGACGACGUCAACAAGGCGGUGAAGCUCCUGGAGGAGAGCAGACACCCUCGAACCAAGGAGGUCAAGGAGUGCCAAACCAGACUGAAUAAAAGGUGGGACGCCUUCAAGGCCAUGGUGGAGGACAAGAAGAAGAAGGUGGAUUCCGCAGGAAGGUUACACAAUUACGGGCUGGAAUGUGACGAAACGGAAGCGUGGAUCCGAGACAAGACGCGCGUCAUCGAGUCCACGCAGGACUUGGGCAACGACCUUGCCGCCGUCAUGACCAUCCAGAGGAAACUUUACGGCAUGGAGCGGGAUCUGGCCGCCAUCGACUCCAAGCUCAAUCUCCUGAGGGACGACGCCGACCGGCUGUCCAAGGAUCACCCGGAGAACGCCGAAGACAUCCUGGCACGCAGAGCUGAUCUGGAUGCUGCCUGGGACGUGCUUAAGAAGACCCUGAAGGACCGAGAAGAUUCAUUGGGUGAGGUCAGCAAGUUGCAGACCUUCCUCCAAGAUCUGGACGACUUCCAGUCCUGGCUUUUUAAGACGCAGAAAGCGGUGGCCUCCGAGGAGAUGCCGGCCUCGCUGCCGGAGGCCGAGGACCAGCUGAGUCUUCACGACGCCCUUCGGGAGGACAUCAACGGUCGCAAGAACGACUACCACCGCGUCAGGGACGCCGGGGCUCAGGUCACCCGCGGUCAGGAGGACGACCCUCAGUACCAGGAGCUGGAGCAGACGCUGGGCGGCCUGGAUCGCGGGUGGGACGAGCUACAGAAGAUGUGGGACAGCCGCAAAAACCUCCUGGACCAGGGCCUGGGCUUCCAGCAGUUCCUGAGGGACGGCAAGGCGGUGGAGGCCAUCCUCAACAACCAGGAGUACACUCUGGCCCACGUGGACAAGCCCGACACCCUGGCGGGGGCGGAGAAGGCCCUGAAGAAGCACGAGGACUUUGUCAGCACCAUGGAGGCCAACCAGGACAAAAUCGACGGAGCCCUCCAGACGGGGAAGAGGCUGGUGGACGGGGACAACUUGUACUCCGGGAAAGUCCAGGACAAAAUGGAGUCCAUCGGUGACAGGCAGAAGAAGAACCAAGCCAGGGCCCAGGAGGUCUCUGCGACGCUGCGGGAUAACCGUGACCUGCAGCACUUCCUGCAGAACACCCAAGAUCUGACUCUGUGGAUCAACGAGAAGAUGCUAACAGCGCAGGACACCUCGUACGACGAGGCCCGGAACCUGCACAGCAAGUGGCUCAAGCACCAGGCCUUCAUGGCCGAGCUGGCCUCCAACAAGGGCUGGCUGGAGAAAGUGGACCAGGAGGGCCAGGAGCUGAUGGAGUCCAAGCCGGAGUUUGCGCCCAUCGUGAGGGAACGUCUGGCCGCUCUCCACGCCCUUUGGGAGAUGCUGGAGUCCACCACGCAGGAGAAGGCGCGGCUGCUGUUCGACGCCAACCGCUCUGAGCUUUUCGACCAGAGCCUGGCCGACAUGAAGAAGUGGCUGGGCGAGCUCCAGCAGCAGCUGCAGAGCGGCGACGACGACGUCGGUGACGUCAAAGACCUCACCAACGCAAACAUCCUGCUGAAGAAACACCAGGUGACGGAGAACCAGGUCCGAGACCGUGCACGGGAGCUGGAGGAGCUCCAGGAAGCGGUGAGGAAACACGGGGGCGCCCGUGAGGACCAGCCUGAGCUGGAGGCGGAGCAGCGGUCCCUCCAGAUGGAGUUCCAGCAGCUCAUCGCACCCUUGGCCCAACGCAAGGGCAAGCUGGAGGCCGCCAAGGCCGUCCACCAGUUCUACAGGGACCUGGCCGAUGAACUGAUGUGGAUCGAAGAGAGAAUGCCGCUGGCUCUGUCGCAAGAUCACGGCAACGACCUGCAAACGGUGCAGAUGCUGCAGAAGAGGAACCAGACCCUGCAGAGAGAGAUCGAGGGCCACCAGCCUCGCGUCGACGACGUGCUGGAGCGAGGGAGGAGGAUGGCGUCGGCCGCCGGCGAGGAGGGCGUCGCCGAGGCGGAGCGCAUCACGGAGCAGCUGCGGGACCUGGAGGACGCGUGGACGAGGCUGCGGGACGAGAUGGCCAAACGCCAGGACCGCCUGAACGCCGGCCGCCUGGCUCAGCAGCACUACAACGACGCCGACGAGGCCGAGGCCUGGAUCGGAGAGCAGGAGCUCUACAUGAUCGCCGAUGAAAAGCCUAAGGACGAGCAGAGCUCCAUGUUGGCUCUGAAGCGUCACACCAUCCUCAAGCAGGCCGUGGACGAUUACGCCGACUCCAUCCAGAACCUGGCGGACCGAGCCCAGAAGAUGUUCGCCGAGGACAACCCUGACGGCGAGAAGAUCAUGAGGCGUCAGGGCCAGGUGGACAAGCAGUACGCGGGGCUGAGGGAUCUGGCCCAGGACCGCAGCAGGAAGCUGGAGCACACCUACCAACACUUCCUGCUCAGCCGCGAGGUGGAGGACCUGGAGCAGUGGAUCUCGGAGCGGGACGUGGUGGCGUCCUCUCAGGAGAUGGGCCAGGACCUGGACCACGUCACGCUGCUGAGGGAUAAGUUCCGAGACUUUGCGCGGGAGACGGGGACGCUGGGUCAGGAGCGUGUGGACCUGGUCAACCAGACCAUCGACGAGCUGAUCGAGGCGGGCCACGGCGAGGCGGCCGCCAUGGCGGAGUGGAAGGACGGCAUCAACGAGAGCUGGGCCGACCUCCUGGAGCUCAUCGACACGCGCUCUCAGCUCCUCACGGCGUCCUACGAGCUGCUCAGGUACUUCGACGACGGCAAAGAUCUGGUGCUCCAGAUCUACGACAAGCAGCAGGAGCUUCCCGAUGACGUCGGCGAAGACUUCAGCAAAGCCGAGUCCUUCCACAGGAUGCACGCCGCCUUCGAGAGAGACAUCGGCGCCCUGGGCAAGCAGGUUCAACAGUUCCAGGAGACAGCAGCCAAGCUCCGUGCUCAGUACGCCGGAGAGCGAGCGGAGGCCAUCCAGUCCACGGAGAGGGAAGUUCUGGAAGCCUGGAAAGGCCUCCUGGACGCCUGCGAGGGACGCAGGGCGCGGCUGCUGGACACGGCCGAGAAGUUCCGUUUCUUCACCAUGGUCCGAGACCUGUUGGCCUGGAUGGAGAGCAUCAUCCAGCAGAUAGAGACCCAGGAGAAGCCCAGGGACGUGUCCUCUGUGGAGCUCCUGCAGAAAUACCAUCAGGGAAUCCGCUCCGAGAUCGAGGCCAGGGGGGCCAAAUUCACCGACUGCACCGAUUUAGGCACGGCCCUGCUGGCCCGCAAACACAGAGACUCUGCUGAGAUCAGAGAAAAGAUGAGCCAGCUGGUGGACAAGCACAAGGAGAUGAUGUUCAAGUGGGACGACCGCUGGGAUUGGCUGAGACUCUUGUUGGAGGUGUGUCAGUUUGCACGCGACGCCUCGGUGGCCGAGGCCUGGCUGAUAGCGCAGGAACCGUACGUGAGCAGCAAGGACGUGGGGCGCUCGGUGGACGACGUGGAGAAGCUGCUCAAGAGGCACGAGGCCUUCGAGAAGUCCACCGCCGCCUGGGAGGAGCGCUUCUCGGCGCUGGAGCGCCUCACCACGUUGGAGUUGCUGGAGCUGAGAAAGCAGCAGCAGGAAAUGGAGCAGCUGAUGAAAGACGAGCGACGCCCGGACCAGGACCGCAGGAGCGAGGACACCGGCUUUGCGGGAUCUUCGCAGCUUUUCACCGUGGACGAAGAAACUCUGUCCGCUGUCCCCGAAGUGGUGACGGGUGACAACACGGAGAUGAAAGAGAGCGGAUCUCUGGAGCUGGAGGCGGCGGUGCCGGCGACGGAACCCCGUGGUGCCGCCACCAUGCCCGCCGGGAUGCCGGUGGGCCAGGCGGUUCUACAGGAGGGAACGCUGGGACGCAAGCACGACGUGGCGGGCUCCGGGAAGAAGGCCUCCAAUAGGUCGUGGAACACCUUGUACUGCGUCCUGAGGCCCGGCCAGCUGUCCGCCUACAAGGACGCCAAGAGCUCGGGCCAGGGCGUGACGUUCCACGGCGAGGAGCCGCUGCCGCUGGCCAACGCCAGCUGGGAGCUCCUGGCUAACUACAAGAAGAAGAAGCACGUGGCCAAGCUGUGCCUCGCCGACGGCAGCGAAUAUCUGUUCCAGUGUAAAGACGAGGAGGAACUCCAGCGUUGGAACCAGGCCAUGGGGAGGGCCCUCCAGACCCUGGCCCAGGAAGACGCCCCGGCAAGCGGCUCCUCCAAAGCCCUCAGUCUGCCCCCCACGGCCUCCUCCCCCGCCAAGAAGGACAAGAAGUUCAGUCGCUUUGCCAAGAAGAAAUAAAGCACCUUGGGGAGGGGUGGCCGCCACCGCCAUACCCUGGGGAGGGGUGGCCGCCGCCGCCGUACCUUGGGGGAGGGGUGGCCGCCGCCGCCGUACCUUGGGGAGGGGUGGCCGCCGCCGCCGUACCUUGGGGGAGGGGUGGCCGCCGCCGCCGUACCUUGGGGUAGGGGUGGCCGCCGCACCUUGGGGUAGGGGUGGCCGCCGCCGCCGUACCUUGGGGUAGGGGUGGCCGCCGCCGCCGUACCUCGGGGUAGGGGUGGCUGCCGCCGUACCUUGGGGUAGGGGUGGCCGCCACCGCCACGCCAUAUUUGUGUCCAAUCAAUAUUUUUUGUGUACACGCCUCCAUCUUACCUGUUAGGGCUUAUUCUAUUAUUAUGCUAGACGUCACAUGACUUCCUUUUCAAACUCCUCCCCUUUGCCAUUUCUCUGUAAAGCCAUUUGCUUUGGUUUAGUGUUUUUGUUUUUUCUACUUUACCACGUGUAUAAACGCCAACAUGGCCACCUUUUUUCAUCCAGCUUGUUAACUGUAAUACUGCAGUACACAGAGUACUUGGAACACCUACUCACCAGGCGGAUUUGAAAUAGAAGUCUUUUGAAACUCGAUUCCAGAUCAGUAGUAGCAAUUUGAAACUAGAUUCCGAAUCAGUAGUAGUAAUUUGAAACUAGAUUCCGGAUCAGAAGUACCAAUAUGAAACUAGAUUCUGGAUCAGUAAUAAUUUGAACCUCGAUUCCGAAUCAGUAGUAGUAAACUACUAGAAACUAGAAACUAGAUUCCGGAUCAGUAGUAGUAAUUUGAAACUAGAUUCCGGAUCAGUAGUGUAAUUUGAAACUCUAUUCCAAAUCAGUAGUGUAAUUUGAAACUAGAUUCCGGAUCAGUAGUAGUAAUUUGAAACUAGAUUCCGGAUCAGUAGUGUAAUUUGAAACUAGAUUCCGAAUCACUAGUGUAAUUUGAAACUCUAUUCCGAAUCAGUAGUGUAAUUUGAAACUCUAUUCCGAAACUAGAUUCCGGAUCAGUAGUAGUAAUUUGAAACUAGAUUCCGGAUCAGUAGUAGUAAUUUGAAACUAGAUUCCGAAUCACUAGUGUAAUUUGAAACUCGAUUCCGAAUCAGUAGUGUAAUUUGAAACUAGAUUCCGGAUCAGUAGUAGCAAUUUGAAACUAGAGUCCAGAUCAGUAGUAGCAAAACUAGAUUCCGGCUCAGUAGUAGUAGCAAUUUGAAACUAGAUUCCGGAUCAGAAGUACCAAUAUGAAACUAGAUUCCGGAUCAGUAGUAGUAAUAAUAUGAAACUCGAUUCCGAAUCAGAAGUAGUAAUAAUUUAAAACUCGAUUCCGAAUCAGUAGUAGCAAUUUGAAACUCUAUUCCGGAUCAGUAGUGUAAUUUGAAACUAGAUUCCGGAUCGGUCGUAAUGAUUUGAAACUAGAUUCCAAAACAGUAGUAGCAAAACUAGAUUCCGGAUCAGUAGUAAUAAUUUGGUAGCAAAACUAGAUUCCGGAUCAGAAGUACCAAUAUGAAACUAGAUUCCGGAUCAGUAGUAGUAAUAAUUUGAAACUAGAGUCCGGAUCAGUAGUAGUAAUAAUUUGAAACUAGAUUCUGGAUCAGUAGUAGUAAUAAUUUGGCUGGUAUUUCUUGAGGAAUAAAUAAAGUACUAUGAUAAACAUAAUAAACAUGAUUUCAUAUGAGGAAAAACAUCAAAGUCAAACUUUUUACGAUAAUCCAAACCUGGAAUCAUACAGACUUCAUUUGUAAUCUUCACAAUAUUAAGAAAUUAUUUAAAAAAUUAUUACAAAAAAAUAUUUUUAAAGAGAUAGUUCACAAUUUGAGUUAUUUUCCAAGAGUAUUUUUCCUGCCUUGGACAUACGCAGUAUUUAGUAUUUACCAGUUGCAUGAAGCUAAUGAAGAUAUGAUUAGGAUUUCUGGUGCUAACGUUAGCUAUUAGCUCCCAAGGUGUGUAUAAAGACGAUAUUGCUGAAGUGUACAAGUACUUUUAAAAAAUGAAAGCUUUGAUUUGCGGCGCCUGCCUUCCUUCCAACUUGGUACUAAUAUUUGCCUUUUGUACUCUGUGUGAAAACAGGAAGUGGCUACUAAUGGAAUGUUGAUGGAUUAAAAGGAGGAGCGAUGAUCAACCUGUCAUAACUUUAUUGGCUACAAACCUUUCAACAAAACACAAAGAAUUUAAAAAAAAAAACAAAAAAAACUUGCGUAGCUGAUUUCAUGUGAACUUAUAUACACG